AUGUCGCCUCGCGCAUUGAAUUCGAGAGCUUUGGCCUCAUCUACCCUUCAAAGAACAAUCGGAAUAGCGGCUUCUCUGCGCGCGCCUGCCUUUGCUUCCAGGGCCGUUGCAACCGCAGCAGCCGUUGCGCCUCAAGAAAGACCCCGCGAAUCUCCAUCUUCGUCGCCAGAGAUCGACCUUCUACAACCUCGCCGCCAGCGCAUCCGAGAUUCGAAACCUUUCUCGGAUUUCCUUACCGAUAAUUUUCAUCGACAACACGACUACCUCCGUAUUUCCGUCGCUGAGCGAUGUAACCUGCGAUGCGUCUACUGUAUGCCCGAAGAAGGCGUGCCCUUGUCACCGGAUCGAGAGCUCUUGACAACCCCUGAGAUCGUCCUCCUGUCCUCAGUGUUUGUGUCCCAGGGCGUCUCGAAGAUUAGAUUGACGGGAGGAGAGCCGACCGUGCGCCGAGACAUCCUGCCUCUCAUGCACCAGAUUGGACAACUACGGCAGCAUGGGCUCAAGGAAAUCUGCAUUACAACCAAUGGCAUCUCACUGCACCGGAAACUGGACAAGAUGGUGGAGAGCGGUUUGACGGGCGUCAAUUUGAGUCUCGACACGCUAGAUCCAUGGCAAUUCCAAAUCAUGACAAGAAGGAAAGGAUACGAUGCAGUCCAGAAGAGUAUCGAUCGGAUCCUCGAAAUGAACAGGCUCGGUGCUGGCAUCAAGCUCAAGAUCAACUGUGUAGUUAUGCGGGGCGUCAACGACAGAGAAGUGCUUCCAUUUGUGGACAUGACGCAAGAAAAGAAUAUCGAGGUGCGAUUUAUCGAGUACAUGCCAUUUGACGGCAACAAGUGGAGUAAAAACAAGAUGUUCAGCUAUCAAGAAAUGCUGGACCUGAUCAGAACAAAGUAUCCCACCUUACAAAAGGUGCAAGACCACAAGAACGACACGAGCAAGACAUGGCAUAUCCCAGGCUUUGCGGGAAAGAUAGGGUUUAUUACGAGCAUGACACACAACUUCUGCGGGAGCUGCAACCGUCUUCGAAUCACGGGUGAUGGGAACCUCAAGGUAUGUCUGUUUGGCAACGCCGAAGUGUCUCUACGGGAUAUUCUUCGCAAGUCUAACAGCGGCGAACCCAUCGAUGAGCAAGCUUUCGAAGCAAUGAAGCAGAUCGAGAUGGACCGACGGAGGGAUCUGCUAACAUCGGACCGAACUCCUCUUGGCCUGGCACCCAACGAGAUGGAACUACUGGAAGUCAUCGGUGCAGCUGUCAAGAGGAAGAAGGCAAAACAUGCUGGAAUCGAUCCCAUUAGCCAGUCUUCAACGUCUCGCAUCAUGCCUCCUCGGGUACAACUUCUCUUGCGUAACGGCCCUUUCUUUAUCCCCGGUCGCUCUUUACUCUCACAAAAGAGGUUCUCGCAGACCCGCCAUGCCAGUAGUCAAGAUGACAGCAACAAGGCAAAGCUGACCCACGUCUCGUCAUCUGGAGAGGCACGAAUGGUUUCCAUAUCAGAAAAGACGGUGACAUCACGCAUUGCCAAAGCUGCGUGCACUGUCAGGUUCUCCAACGCCACGGCAAUUGGUCUCAUUAGGGACAACCAGAUGAAGAAGGGCGAUGUUCUAGGUGUUGCGCGAAUCGCGGGCAUCAUGGCAUCCAAGCGGACUCCAGACCUGAUUCCACUCUGCCACCCUAUAGCGCUCUCCAAGGCGACGGUUGAUCUCGACGUCAGGGGUGACGACAGAGUCGAGAUCGCUGCUACGGUCACGUGCGAUGGCAAGACAGGCGUGGAGAUGGAGGCGUUGACGGCGGCGUCUACAGCGGCACUGACAGUUUACGAUAUGUGCAAGGCAGUGGAUAAGGGUAUGGUCAUUGAGGGGUUGAGGGUGGUUCUCAAGGAUGGCGGCAAAAGUGGAAGAUGGGAAAUGGAGUGA